AUUAAUUAAAAUUAAUAUUUUUAUACAAAAUAUCAAAAAUGCUUACUGCCUGCAGAGAAAAGUUACCUAAUCCACAUAGAAAUUGCAUCCAUGAAAUUUUGAGUACACUUAUCUGCCACGAUAAUGAUUUGAGACGCAUAAACACGGAGUUACGUAAUCUGCAAUAUGAAUUUAAAGAGCAGAUGGACAAAAUAAAUUUUGGGUUUUCGAGGGAAAGCAAAAAUGAAUGUCAAGGAUCUGAAAAAAUUAUAUUUUUUACUCGAAAAAUUACCACAAUGUACGAUCUAAAUGAAUGCUUUUCAAAAAAAAUUGAAGAACUAAAGAAGAACCGCGAAGAAAUAAUUGGCAACGCACGUCGGUGCAUCGUCGGUUUAAAUGCUGAAAAAUGCAAUUUUAGACAGUUUUAUGAAAACACCGUUGAUUACUUAAAAAGAUAUGCUAUAAAAUCUGACGAUCCAGUUGUAAUUAAUAACUGCGAAAAAGAUAUUUGCGAAAUGCAUAAACUCUUUGUGAAAGAAGUUACCCUAAUAAAGAAAUGCGAAACAGAGCUUGAAUCGUUUUUCCAAAUUUGUAAUUUAGUAGAUGCAAAUAAUUGUUGCUGUUUUAAAGAUUAUGAUUGGCUACCACAGAAUAAAACACUCCAUAUAGUUGACGGUCUCGUCGAAGAAAUAAAAUGUCAAAUGGGUACAACUUUAAGCAAAGCUUUCGCCCAGUUUUAUGUUCAUCAGUCAGCAGACAUUAAAUCCUUUUUAGCGGCAUAUCUUAUGAACAUAGAACACAAUGAAGAAGUACUUAAAGAAAAAUUAAACAUUUUUGGCAACUUGACUUGACUUCAAUGAAAUAAAUACAGUUGAUCUCCUUUUUGCACGGUUUUUUUUGCACGGUUUUUUUUUUACACGGUGUUUUUGAACACUUUCAAGAUACCAAUUUUACACGAUUUUACUUUUAUCACACGGAUUUUUUAUUUUAAUUGUAUACUUUUUUGCAAUAAAAUCAAAAUUCCAUACGUCAA